AUGGACCCAGAAACCGAAGCUUUUUGUCAAGAGUACCUAGUGCCCCAUGGUACAGUGGUGAAGCCAUAUUACUGGCUAAACACAAGCCAGGCCUGUGCCAGAUGUCCUUAUCAUAUAAGAACAGGGGAGCAGGCCAGGGUCCCUUAUGCUGAAUUCCAUCAAGCUUUUGGAUUCCCCUAUGGGCCAACACAUCACCAAAGUAAACACCUUCUCUUUUAUGAAGUAAGGCACUUCUCAGGUAAACGAAUGCAAAAGGGUCACGCAACGAACUGUACAGAGAAUGACAUCCAUCCAGAAUCAAUGUUAUUUGAAACUGGAGGCUACCUCGACUCUGUCGUACACAACUGGGAAAAUGCCAUGUACAUAAUUCUCUAUUCCAACUAUUCCCCUUGCAACGAGGCUGAGCACUGCUGCAUAAGCAAAAUCUACCGCUUCUUGAUGAAGUAUCCAGGAAUCACACUUUGCAUUUAUUUUUCACAGCUGUAUCACACAGAGGAGGACCUCCCAGUAUCUCCAUGGAACUGUGAAGCUUUGCAGAGCCUUGCCAGUCUCUGGCCUCAGGUGACACUGAACCCCCUCUGCGGUGGACUUUGGCACUCCGUUCUCCAUAAUUUUGUGACUAGUGUCCCACAGGCAGGUUAUUACCGUCCAAUUUUGCCCAUAAGAGCAUUGACUGAUAGACAAAAUGCACAACACCUUAACAACAUAACAGGAAUGCGGUCUCCUUUCAUGAAGGCCUUGCCUCAGCCAAUUUAUGGAAAUGCAAGUGCUAUACCAAAUCUGCAAAAUAACUAUAUGUCUGCUUUAUACUCUCAGCAUCCAGUGCAACUGAUGAAUAGCAGAUUGCCUCCGCUAAGAAGGCAACCUCUCAAUUUGACCCCUCCCAUGAAUGUUUCUUCCCCCUGGAAACAGCAACCCCUACACCCCAAACCUAGAAAUAUUGUGAGGCACUUAAAAAUGCCAAAUGACUCAUUAAGCAAAGUGAAACAUUUGCAAGUAAUUCCCAAGGGAAGAGCUGUUCACAUGGAGAAAAUUACUAAACAACACUGAGGCAAGCAAGCCGGCGGAGCAUGAAGGCCACAGGAAGAAAAAGGAUUAAAUUCAGUUCAGCUAGAAAGCUAUUACAGGGCUGGGCAAUUCCCUUGGUACAAAUAGUUACAUAGGAGAUAUACAAUGAGCUGGGAAAACUGGAGCUCAUUAGCAUGGAAUCAGCAAAACGCACACAUUAUUUUCACUUGAACUGGAUAUUGUGCCAAGAUAGAAAGCUUCAGCUGCCAGCAGCAAAAGGAAGAACCCAAAACCGGCCCUCUUUGUCAUCUCUGCUUUAGCCACUGGACAGUUCCACUUGCCAAGAACUCCUGACUGCCAGCAGCCAAGUAAGGGUCAGCCCUCCAUUUUUCAAUUCGAAUGUUAAGACUUUUUCAUUUUUUUCUGUAUAAUUGUUUCAUAUUAUUACUCUAUAUCAUUUUGUUCUUUCAACUGCCCUCUGAUUAUCUGACAACCUUGUGGGACAUAAAUACAAUAAAGCCGCAGCAAACUGAG